CCAACAGCAGGCGGUGGAAAGAAUUAAUCCCCCAGUACUCGUAUUUCUGCUUACCCUUUGCGUGUAAUCAGGAGAGUAAAGCAGCAAUGGCUAAGGUCAAGACCUACGAGCUCCGGAACAAAACCAAGGCUGACUUGACGAAGCAGCUGGACGAGCUGAAGCAGGAGCUCGCUUCACUCCGUGUCCAAAAGGUUGCCGGUGGUGCUGCAUCAAAGUUGGCAAAGAUCCACGAUGUGCGGAAGUCCAUUGCCCGUGUGAACACCGUCAUCAGCCAGACCCAGCGCGACCAACUCCGCAUUUUCUACAAAGGCAAGAAGUACAUUCCUUUGGACCUCCGCCCCAAGAAGACCCGUGCUAUUCGUCGCCGUUUGACUGCUUUCGAGGCUACCCGUAAGACUGUGAGGCAGCAGAAGCGGGAAACUCACUUCCCUCUCCGCAAGUACGCAGUCAAGGCGUAAAGGGUAUCUGUGGGCGUUGUAUAAAUAAUAGGAGUCUUCAGCACAA